GCACAUAAGCGAGCGUAUGAGCAGCCAGGUAUGGCCGAUUAUCAGAUGAUGAAGCGUCGUGUGCCUGCAGGCCUAGAGCAGCUGGGACUACCACCACAGCGUCUCCUGAAUAUGUCGGCAGCACAAGCUUCGAUUCUGAACGGCGCUGCUCAAGGAUGUACCGGUGCACCACCGGGACCCACAGCUUUGUACACGGAUCAACAGAUCAGGUUGCUAUCCGCGCAGUCAUCAGUAGCUGCUGCAACCUCACAGCAACUGCUCAUGGCGCAUCAUCAACAACAACAACAGCAGCAGGAGCAGCAGCAGCAUCAGCAUCCUGGAGCAGCUCCAGUCCCGAUGACCUCAAUGACCUCUUCUGUGGCGGCAGCAUCAAGUGCUGCUACUGAAACAACCGUAGUAGCCAGCACGGCACCUUUGACAACUGCAACCAUACACAACAGCUUGCCGCAACCGCACGUGCAACAAUCGCAGCAUCUCUCACCACUUUCGCUGCACUCCUCACAAACGGGUGUCCGACCGGUUCCAGGUGCAGCAGCCCCGCAUUUCAUGCCUGCCCCGCCAAUGCUACAACAGCACCAGCAGCAACCUCCACUGGUACCACCACAUCCAUACCUUCUGACCGCAGCAGGCACUGGUGCUGGUCACCCGUAUAUCCCGCAUUAUAUCGAAGAAACAAUUGCUGCGCCACAAUCGGAUCCGUUCACGCCGCCAAGUUAUGCGCCCGAAAUGAAAAAUGUCGUUGUCCUGCAACCACUAUAA